UCUCCCUCUCUAAUCUCUUUCACUUGUUAAUUGCAGGAAGUUUUGGGAGGUCCAUCUCCCAGCUGUUGCCUCCCAUAAUGAAUGACCUCUAAUUCUUCAUGUGUGCUCUGUGACCAUUGAGUCAGUCAGUGCUUCAGGGGGAGAGAAAGGGUGGCUUUUUAGGCAAACAGGGGAAGUCCUAAGAGGCUGAGAAAGACAGAAGGGAACUCUAGUUACCUAGAAAUAAGAGACUCUUGAGGACAGUAACUGACAACUGGCUGUGAAAGACACUUCAUUAGAUCCACUGGAAAGGGAGUUAACUGUACAAGGACCACGUUCUUGAGAAGUCAAUGUUAUACAUACAAGGCACAAGGAAAUGAUAGAUCUAUUGAUAUCACAGAGCCUGUCUGUAAGCAGUGGGUCUUCUGAGGAUCUCAAGUUCGACCUUUCCGACAGUCUCCCCGAGUCUCCUGAUGACAUAGCAGAUAAGUCGAAGAAAGUUUCUUCCAGAGAAAGCUUCCCACAUUCAGGAAACAGCAAGGAAUCUCAGCAAUUUACACCUGAAGGAAACUACUCAAGGCAAUACCCUCAUAUAGUGUCGCCCCCAUCUGUACCAGGGAUGGCUGCUUAUGGACAGACCCAAUACAGUGCGGGGAUACAACAGACAGCAGCUUAUUCUACAUAUCCACCCCCAGGACAGUCUUAUGGAAUCCCAUCAUACAGCAUUAAAACAGAGGACAGUUUAAGUCAUUCCCCGGGACAGAGUGGGUUUCUUACCUAUGGCUCAAGUUUCAGCACUUCAUCACCAGGGCAGGCGCCGUACACUUACCAGGUUCACGGUCCAUCGGGUAUUUAUCAAGGAGCCAAUGGUUUGGCCAAUGCAGGAGCCUUUGGAAGUGUGCAUCAGGAAUAUUCUUCGUACCCAGGCUUCAGUCAAGGCCAGUACCCACAGUAUUACAGCUCCUCAUACAACUCCCCGUAUGUUCCCACAAACAGCAUCAGCCCCACAGCCCUGUCUACAGCCGCGUACUCAAUCCAUGAAUCCUCUCAACACAUCUCCAAUCAGAGCACAGAAUCGCUAUCAGGGGAAUACAAUGCUCAUAAUGGUCCUUCCACCCCAAUUAAAGAUGCCGAAAAUGAUCGGCAACACCGAGGAUCUGAUGCCAAAUUACGCGGAAGAUCUAAAAGAAGUAAUGACCCAUCUCCUGCAGUGGAUAAUGAAAUAGAGCGUGUGUUCGUGUGGGAUUUGGACGAAACAAUUAUUAUUUUCCACUCGUUACUCACGGGAACCUUUGCAACAAGAUACGGGAAGGACACAACAACAGCAGUCAGAGUAGGUCUGAUGAUGGAAGAGAUGAUCUUCAACCUUGCUGAUACACACCUGUUCUUUAAUGACCUGGAGGAAUGCGACCAAAUCCACAUAGACGACGUUUCCUCGGACGACAAUGGGCAAGAUUUGAGCACAUAUAACUUCUCCUCGGAUGGCUUCCACAGUUCUGCGGCUGGUGCCAAUCUCUGUCUGGGAUCCGGCGUCCAUGGGGGAGUAGACUGGAUGAGGAAACUGGCAUUUCGCUAUAGGAGAGUAAAGGAGAUGUACAGCACUUAUAAAAACAAUGUAGGAGGUUUAAUCGGAGCUCCAAAGAGAGAAACAUGGCUUCAGCUAAGAGCAGAAAUGGAGGCCGUGACUGAUCUGUGGUUGACUCAUGCACUUAAAGCGUUGAAUCUAAUACACUCUAGGCCAAACUGUGUAAAUGUACUAGUGACCACCACGCAGCUCAUACCAGCCAUCGCCAAGGUCCUGCUCUACGGCCUUGGAACCGUCUUUCCAAUCGAAAACAUUUAUAGCGCAACCAAGACAGGGAAGGAGUGCUGCUUCGAGAGGAUAAUGCAGAGAUUUGGAAGAAAAGCUGUGUACGUUGUUAUCGGAGACGGUGUGGAAGAGGAGCAAGCAGCGAAAAAGCACAACAUGCCAUUCUGGAGAAUCUCUUGCCACGCUGAUCUGGAAGCAUUACGGCACGCUCUAGAUCUGGAGUACUUGUAGCAGGAGUUCCGUGCUGGUUCUAAGCAGGUCCCAUCGGCAAGUCUCUCAACUAGAACUUUCCCAGUUGGGUAGAAACAUGGACUUGCUCCUUCUCUAGGGAAACUCCACCAGACGGAUGGGCUGGAUAGUCAAGCGAUGGAGAAUCCAACCCAAGGCAAAACUUGUAUAAUUUAAUCAGACGCUUAUUGCUGAACCUGGACUACUAGUGCGGGUUUAUCCACCUCUCCACACGGACUACGUAUCAGCACAAAUGGACUUGAUGGAUCAACUGUAAAGAGAUAAUAAAACGUAUUGGCCUCACAGAUAGACCGGGCCAAACCCACUACACAAUGGAUUACCCACCAUGGAGUCAAAUCGUUGAUUUUUUUUUUUGUUUUUUUGUAUUUUGUUUUUCUAAUUUAUGGACUUCUCUCGGUUUUUUUUCUGUCAUUAUGCUCCUUUACCUGUCGGAGAGGGGAGGGUGGGUGUACGUGGAUCUUAUUUAAUAAUUCUUUUCUUCACACGGCGAAGGCUGGGGACAAUCAGGUUGUGUACAUUAGUAACGGUUGGUACAAAUGACUAUAGUUAUGUUUGAACCUUGUAUAGAUGGUAUGUGGACUGUGCAUGCGUCUACGCCGUGCCUUAUGCUGCCAUCUUUCUUUUUUUUUUUUAUAUAUAUAGGUAAAACGGGAAAAAAAAAAUAUGUUGUCAUGAAUGAAAAAAGGCAUUAAAGAAAACUACGUUUA